AUGAUUUACGAAGAUAUCCCAUUGUCUUUUGGAAAUUUAACUGUGUUGGCAAAUCUUAUGUUAUGCAACAAUAAUCUUCGUGGCAGAAUCCCUUCAAGUCUGGGGAAAUGCCAAAUGUUACAGGAAGUAAGACUUAUUCAAAACAAUCUUAGUGGUUCCAUACCUAGUGAAGUUCUCAGUCUCUCAUCGUUAUUGUAUCUAUACAUAUCUCGUAAUGAUUUGACAAUUUCCCUUCCAACGGAAAUUGGAAUUUUAAAAAAUCUAGAAGAACUUGAUGUUUCCGAGAACAUGUUUCCAAGCACUCUUGGUAGUUGCCAAAAAUUGAGAUUACUACAUAUAGAGAGCAACAAAUUUUGGGGAAUCCUUCCUUCAUAUUUAAGUAAUUUGAGAGUACCAGAAAGUGGCAUAUUUCAAAAUGUAACAUCUAUUUCUGUCAAGGGAAACGACAAGCUUUGUGGGGGUAUACCUGAAUUACAGCUUCUACUUAAAGCUACUGAUGGGUUUUCUCCAUCCAAUUUGGUCUGUGUGGUUAGUUUUGGUUCUAUGUACAAAGGAGUUCUUGGUGAAGGUGAAAAUGUUGUAGCAGUGGAAGUUCUCACAGCAUGUUCAAUUGUUGACUAUCAUGGUAACAAUUUCAAAGCUCGUGUUUGUGAGUUUAUGGUUACUGGUAGCCUAGAGGAUUGGUUACAUGCAAAUGAGAAUGAAGAUGAGGUGCAUAAAUACUCGAGGAAUUUAGACCUUGUAGAGGUUGCCAUUGAUAUUGCUUCUGCACUUGAUUAUCUUCACAAUCGUUGCUCAGAACCAAUUGUUCACUGUGAUCUCAAGCUGAGCAAUGUUCUUCUAGACGAUGAAAUGACUGCUCAUGUAGGUGACUUUGGAUUAGCAAGAUUCCUUCCAGAAGCUAACUAUGACUGUUCAGCAAACCAAUCAAGUUCUGUUGGCAUAAGAGGAUCUGUCGGUUAUGCUGCUGCUGAAUAUGGCAUGGGAAAUGAGCAGUCAACAUUUGGUGAUGUAUAUAGUUAUGGCAUCCUUUUAUUGGAGAUGUUCACGGGGAAGAGACCUACAGAUAACAUAUUUUGUGAUAGUUUGGGUCUUCAUAGCUUCGUUAAGACUGCUUUGCUCGAACAAGCAGCAAGCAUUAUUGCCAAUCCAAGACUGUUUAAACAAAAAGAUCAGAGCUCUACUAAUAGUCACAAAAUUCAAGAGUGCUUGAUUUGGAUUCUUAAAGUUGGAAUUACUUGUUCAGAGGAAUGA